GAGACUUUAUUUUCGACUUAAAGCCAAGCGUUGAGUUCACACAGAAGUCACAUCUUUUAACACUGCCCGUGGUUGGUAUCUUUUGCUCAACAAAUAAGAACUAAAUUAUCUAAUAAUUUAAUAUAUCUGGUUUUAAAUCUUGAAUGUUGGAGAUUUUAGAGAGGGAAAAUAUAAUUAUGAAAGUUUUCAUUCUUUUUGCGUUGGUUGCGGCCGUCUCUACAUUUGAAAUUUCUAACAACUGUCCCGCGAACAAAACAAUCGGUUAUUUCGGUGAUUGCCCGGAAUCGUGCCUCUCUCUCAUACAGCCGCCGGAAGCCUGCACGCUCAGAUUGAAUCAUGGAUGCAUGUGUAUUGAAGGUUACGUUCUGCUUCGCGACCAAGAAUUCUUCUCCGAUUGUAUCAAACCGGAAGACUGCCCGGCUAAUCCAGAGUAAAAUUCAACUACAAGAGAAAGCCUGAAGACAAAUGGGGUAGGAUUCUAUGUUUACGCUACGAAUUCUUUUGUGCGUUAAUUUUCAUAAUUUUUGUUGAGUCAGAUUUAAAGAAUAAUCUUAGAAUAAUUUGAGUUUUUAACUGUUGGUUUUCUGUCAUUUAAUGGCCUUUUCUAACAAAUAAAUCUAUAUGACUUUGAAA